CAUUGGGCCAUCGUUCAAUCGUCAAUUCAGAAUCUUGAUCCAAUACAAAGACAACCCCAAUUUUGUCUCGCCGAGUGAGAUUCCCUACCAUAUCGAACCUACGAUAACAUCUAGAAUAGCCACUACUUUAAAAAUAAUCAUCAUGCUUCUCGACGAGGAUCCCGCUACUCUCAUCCACCACACUAUCAACAACUUCAACAUUGCGCCCGACAAACUCGCCAUCACGCGUGUUAACGAUGAAAUAUCCACAUUGAAACAAGCACGAGAGCUACGAAUCAAAGAUGCCGAAUCAUCACUGAAGAAACUCGCUCGUACCCUCAAUACUCUCCAGUCCCAACACGAAGAACUCACAUCGGCGCACUCCUCUUCCGCACACGCAUCCGAGAUUUCGCGCCUCGAUACACAGAAAUUCCGCAUCGCGAAAACAGUUUCCGAUCUUGAAAUGGAAGCAGAGCGGCUAUCCUCGCAGCAAGCCGAUCUCGCAGCGCGUCUGCAAGAACUAGAGUUGCAAGGAUUGGAAGGCUCGCCAGACGAUGCUGCGAAGCGAAGAGAUCCGGUCGACGACGAGGUGUUGUUACGUCUUAAGGUGUAUCGAAGUCUGGGUAUUGAUCUAGAGCGAGACGAGAAGGACGGCGAGUUCUCGAGGGCAAUUGUGCGAAACGAUCGCAAAGGAGAUGUCCAUGUUAUCAACAUGGAUAAGAAGUUUUCGCGCUUCUUCUACGCCAAUUACUUCUGGCAAACGCUGUGAAACCAGACCUGCAUUGAAUCAAUUGUUUCGGCGGACUGGUAUAGGACGGCGCGGUGGAAGUUACUGCAAGGCGUUAGGAGUUUUUCGUCAUAGAGAUACCACAGUUUCAAUUUAUUGGAUUCCACGAU